GCCGCCGCCCGCUCCCGCUGCUGGGCCCAGCGCCGCCCCGGCCCCGGCCCCGGCCCCGCCAUGGCGCGCCGCAGCCGCGGUGAGGACCAGGAUGAGCUGCAUUACCAGGACACGGACUCAGAUGUGCCAGAGCAGCGGGAUGGCAGGUGCAAAGUCAAGUGGACACAAGAAGAGGAUGAGCAGCUGAAGAUGUUAGUAAGACAUUACGGGCAGAAUGACUGGAAAUUCCUGGCCAGUCACUUUCCUAAUCGCAGUGAUCAGCAGUGUCAGUACCGGUGGCUGAGGGUGUUGAAUCCAGACUUGGUUAAGGGCCCCUGGACCAAAGAGGAGGAUCAAAAGGUAAUUGAACUGGUUAAAAAGUAUGGCACCAAGCAGUGGACCCUGAUAGCCAAGCACCUGAAAGGGCGGCUGGGGAAGCAGUGCCGGGAGCGCUGGCAUAACCACCUCAACCCUGAGGUGAAGAAGUCCUCGUGGACAGAGGAGGAGGAUCGCAUCAUUUUUGAGGCCCACAAGGUCCUGGGGAAUCGUUGGGCGGAGAUUGCCAAGCUGCUGCCUGGGAGGACUGACAAUGCUGUGAAGAAUCACUGGAACUCCACCAUCAAGCGGAAGGUGGACACGGGAGGUUUCCUCAAUGAAACUAAAGAAUCCAAGUCACUGUACUUGCUUGUGGAGGUGGAUGACAGAGAGAGCCAAAGUCAAACGAGAGCUGACAGCCAGAGUGUCCUGCCCAGCUGCCCAGUCGAUGUCUCUGAAAUAAAGGAAGAGGAUGUCAGUGAUGAGGAGGUGACAGGUGUACAGGAGUUACCCUCCGAGCUGCCAGCUGCUGAACUGGCAGAGACCAACCCUGAGGGCACCCCAGAUGACCCAGUGCCUGAGGAUGCUUCUUCAUAUGUCACCUCACCCUACAAAUGGGUCGUUGAAGCUGCCAGCUACUUGUGCCCAUCAUCUGUGCCAGCCUUUACUGAAGCUCUGGACAUGAUUGAAUCUGAUCCUGAUGGAUGGUGUGACCUGACCCAGUUUGACCUGCCUGAGGAACCCUCUGCUGGCGACGACAGCAGCAGCAGCAAUAGCCCCGUGAGGCAAACCCCCAGCAAGCCAGUGCCAUCCUUGCCCAACGUCACUGAGUACCGCCUGGAUGGCCACACCAUCUCUGACCUGAGCAAGAGCAGCAAGGGGGAGCUCAUUCCCAUCUCUCCACAUGCCGAGGGCAGCUUUGGCACGCCGCCCUCUGUGCUGAAGAGGCAGAAAAAGAGGAAGAUAUCCCUUUCCCCUGUCACAGAGAAUGCCACCAGCACCAGCCUCUGCUUCCUUGAUUCCUGCAACAGCAUGACACCCAAGAGCACCCCAGUCAAGACACUGCCUUUCUCUCCAUCUCAGUUCUUAAACUUCUGGACCAAACAGGAUACACUAGAACUGGAGAAUCCAUCUCUGACCUCCACACCCGUGUGCAGUCAGAAGGUGAUUGUCACCACCCCUCUGCACAGGGACAAGACCCCUCUACUCCAGAAGAACUCAGCGUUUAUCACUCCAGAUCAGAAGUAUGUGGUGGACAACACUCCUCACACCCCCACACCUUUCAAAAAUGCCCUAGAGAAAUAUGGACCACUUAAGCCUCUGCCCCAGACUCCUCAUCUGGAAGAAGAUUUAAAAGAGGUGCUUCGAAGUGAAGCUGGCAUUGAACUUAUCAUAGAGGAUGAUGUGAAGCCUGAGAAACAGAAGAGGAAACAAGGGCUGCGCCGGAGCCCCAUCAAGAAGGUCCGGAAGUCUCUGGCCCUGGACAUCCUGGAUGAAGACAUGACUCAAAACGUGCCUGCCCUCCCCAAGACUGUCUGCUUCAAAAGAGCCCAGCCUGUGAAUUUCCUGUCAAGGUCCCUGAACCUCUCCUCCUCCAGCAGGAAGAACGACAGUGGUUUGCUCAACAGAGCCUUUGUGCAAGUGCAGCCAGAGAAAAUGUCCUACAGGAAAAUGCCAAGCCAUUUCAGACCACCAGCACCAAUGACCAGGGCUUGGAAAGCGGUAGCCUGUGGUGGAACCCAAGACCAACUCUUCAUGCAAGAGAAAGCUCGACAGUUUUUGGGCAUGUUGAAACAGAGCCACACAUCAAGGACCUUGAUCUUGUCAUGAAGGAUUGCUUUGCUUAUUUUAUUUUAUUGCUUUAAAGUUGUUUUUGUUUGUUUGUUUGUUUUCUUGAGGAAGGGGGAACCACAGAAGAAAUAACCUCUGCCAGGCUGUGGUGUGUGAGGUGGUGUUUUUCCUUCUGCUCCCAGGUAGAUUUUUAUUGUACUAGCUGGGGCUAACUGCUGGCUAGCGUUUGGAAUGCAAGGUUGGGGAUCAUUAUGGACAGGCAGCCAAGGGAGGGCUGGAGAGCAAGCAGCAAGACCUAGCUUUGCAACAGCAGCAGCACUCAGCAGCCUUCUGGCGUGGAGCAGCGUCCUGGAUUUCCUGCUGGACACUCUGGUACCUCAGAAAUGGCUUUUGUGAAGGUUCCUGCAUGUCUUGUGGCUCCCAGUUCCUCUAGGAGGGAGGGAGACAUGCUUUGGGCUAACCCAUGUUUGAAGCUAGCCCCUUGCUUGGUCUGGGCUGUUCUGUGCAGUGGGUGCCUCUCCUCAGGGCUGUGCCCCCCGCCUCAAAUAAAUGAUGGUGCUAAUAUCA